AACAAAAACACAUUGGCGGUGUGUUGAAUUGGUAAAAUUUGUGGAAUUAGUGAAAAUUUAAAUUUAGUCGGUUGGAAUCCGUCAGUUGUCAAACUGAAUUAUCGACAGCCUAAUUUGAAUUUAAAAUUUUUAUUUUGUUUCGGUUUUUUGCUUUUUUGUACAAAUUAAAAUUCCAAACCACAAUCUUAUCCAGCUCUGUUGGUUUCAGUCCAGGGUUUUUUGAAUUUUGGAUUCUUAUUUUGUUGGAUUCCGGAUUUGGGGGUUGUUAGAUGACGAAUAAAAUGAAUAUGUCGGUUGAAACUGAAAAAUUUAUAAACAGUUUUGUGAAAGACGUUUUUGUUUUACCUCCCACACAAGAUGUUGCAGAAGACAAGCACCUCAUUGAAUUGUCCUCAAUGGAGCAGAGCACCUGGUCCUUGCUUCACAUCCUCUACAACGAACGACUCACAAAUCGAUACAGCAGGAGUAGUACAAGUGAUGAAGAUGGAAUGGAUGAUGUUUUAAUCUGUCCUAAUCUUAGUGAGAGGUCAAGUGAGAAAGAUGUCAGUUCAUUAUUGUUCCAACACAACACUCAAUUGAGACAGGCUCAGCUGAUACUUGAUUGGCUGGAGGAAAAGUCCAGAAACAUCAUGAAGAAUGACCAUAAUAUAUUGGAGUUUUCAUCUGAUAACAUGAAUGCCUGGGAGAACACAUUGCACACAUUGAAGCAACAGAAGUCAAGUUACAUACCCACAAAGAAUAUUGUCACACAGUUGGAUCCAGAUUCGACGAGCCGACAGAAGAAAAAAUUGCUGGAGUUGGAUGAUGAAGACGAGAAGAAAUUAUUCAAAUACAUCUUCAGCUGCAUUAAAUCUGGGAUGCUGGAUGAGGCCUGCCGCAUGUGCCACAAAGUGGGUCACUCGUGGAGGUCGGUGACCUUGCAGGGAUGGAAGUUGUACCACGACGACAACAUCAGCCACCUAGCUCCAGGGGGCAGGAUCUCCCAGGUCGAAGGGAAUCUCUACAGGUCUCUGUGGAGAAAGACCUGCCAGAAGAUGUUGCAGGAUGUUUUUGUUGAUGAGGCAGUCGACAGGAACAUCAAGUACUACAAGGAGAACAAGAUGAUCAUGACAUCUAUGCUGGGUGGAGAGUCGGAUGCUGAUAAGUUACUGACAUUGGAGCACAUCUUCAGUAACAUCGAGUCAUGUGAUAAUGACAUCAUCAAAAGGCAGUCUCAGUUUAGAUACCACAUAAUACAGAAAUUUAUUAUAUUGGGCAGAGUUGAUGUUCUGAUUGAGUACAUGAGCAGUUGGUGUCUGGACAAAACGUCGCAGGCCCACCCACAACUCCUCAAGUUCAUGACACAUCUGACUCUUUUCUUCAGGUCCUACCAUGCAAGAUAUAGAGCCGAACAUGAAACUACAAUCAUAAAAAGCUACGUUGAAUAUCUUAUCGGAGACAACCAAUCGGAGCUGAUUGCAAAGUACACGUCAUAUCUACCACGUGACUUACAAAAUGUUCUCUACGCUAAAUUUCUAGAAGGUGUCAUAGAGGUAGACAAGAGACAACACAGCUUGCAGCUGGCCAGUGAAUUCGGCCUGGACUUGAAAAGCAUCAUCAUUCUUGUGGUCAACAACAUUUGUCGUAGGGAGCCAUUCCUCGAACCUCUUAUCAAUACUGGGUUUGGUGGACCCGGCCAGUUGAUGGAGACUGUCACUCAGGCUGACAUGAAGAAGAUAGAUUGCAUAGGCUGGCUGUUGUUUGAUGAGGAUUGGAGAUUGGAAGCCAUCAAGCAUUCCAACUUCUUGUUCAGAGUUUUCAUCUGCUCUAGGAAGAUAGAGGCAUGUGACAUACUGAUGAAGAAGUUGCCCAUCGAUUCCAUACAAGUCAUCGUGAAUGCCUUUGAAUCACCUGAUGUGGACAAAUUGCCUGCUCAUGUUGACAAUGCAAUAAGAGAACACAUCUGCAUCAAGAUCUAUUUAGAGGCCCAGGAGCGUUUCUGUGAAUGGUUCCAAUGGCUGCAUGGAAAGCCUAGCAAGCCAAAGGGCCCAGGUCACAUGGGGUCAACAUUAUCGGAGAAGAUGUUACAUGAGAGUAACAUGAAGAUGUAUGAAGAGGAUUUGGAAAGAUGGAAUAAGACUUUGUCUUCCUUUGCUCAGAAAGCAGUAGAGAAGAUAAAAGAUGUGCUGACGUUUGUUGACGGUGGCUGGAUGGUUGACCAGAGGCAGGACGACGAGACAGUUGAUGAGAUGAGGGUACAGCAGAUAAUUCUUCUGAGACAACUCUGCCUACCUGCACUCUUUGUACUCCUUCAGAAGAUCUACCACACCAUGAACAUGUAUAAGGAGAGCAUGCAACUCAUCGAUCUUCUCAUGUCUCAGCAACACCAACUCUAUAAAGUAUUUAGUCGGGGUGAGUUGGAAAAGUAUGCCUACGAAACACUGGAGUCGUCCG